AUGUCAACAAGCCAAGUGGCUGAAUCAGAAUCAGCACCUCCCAAGCCUCCACUACCAACAACACGUUAUUGCUGGAAAACGCUCAAUCCUGUUAUAAAACAACACUACAUUACCGAUGCACAGCACGCAGAACAGGCCAUGUCCUGUUUUACCGGGCCUUGCGGGUUAGACAUUGAGUGGAGGCCGACGUAUGUCAAAGGGCAGGCAGAGAACCCGGUGGCAUUGCUCCAGUUGGCUAACACAGACACCAUCUUGCUGCUUCAUUUGCACCACAUCAGAGCCAUACCACCAAGUCUACGAGCCUUUCUGGAGAACCCAGAAAUUGUUAAAGCAGGUGUUGGCAUCCAAGGAGACGCAAAGAAACUGUACAAAGACAUUGGCCUGAGCGUUCGAGGAUGUGUAGACCUCGCCCUGCUCGCGCGUUCAGUCGAUAAUGAACGGUGGAAGGGCAAAUACUCCGACCCUCUUGGCCUUGCGAGGCUGAUUGCGACAUACGAAGACCUUCUGCUCUUCAAAGGGAAAGUCACUCGUAGCAAUUGGGAACGUCGUUUAGAUGCCGAACAACUUGAGUAUGCCAGCAAUGAUAGUCACGCAGGGUACACUUUAUUCAUGAGACUCUCUCAGUUGCUUCUCAGUCUGUCCAAGAUACCAGAACCUCGAUGCUAUAGCUUCGACUGUCAGCGCGGCAGUCUUGUCGUCCCCAGCACAGGUACCCCGUGGACGCCGUUUAAUCCAGACUAUGACCCUGGGCCGCCGCCACCCCCAAAGGAGCCCAAAACCAAGAAAGAACGUUCACCUAAGCCAACAACCGAUACUGAUGCGUCACGACUCCGGUUGCCUGUGCAAACAGGAAGCAAGCCUUCUCAUCGUCCUGGUCAGUCAAGUUUUAGGGCACGCAACACACAACGUCCAGCUCCUUCCCAUCCGAGUUUGCCGCCCAAACCACCUCCAGCUGCCGGUGGUAGACCACGCCCCGCGAAAUAUCAUCCGGAGCUGCCUAGAAACCGGAAACUUAACACAGUAGACACUGCGGAGUGA